UGUUGUGUGUAAAAAUAUUUUAUGUUUAAUAUACAGAACAAGGAGAGAUAUUUAAAAGUAACUUGCUGUUUGUUGCUGGCUAGCAAACAUGAGUUUACUUGUGGUACUCUUUGCUGUAAUAACAUGUAUCCAUGCCGAGUUUUUUACGUCUAUGGCAAACAUGGAGCAUCUGGUGCUGACAGAAAAAUAUAUGCUUUCCAGCUUGAAAAACUAUGUGGAUUCAGAGGAGGAAAGAUUGGCUUCUUUAAAGAAAUUUAUGUUGCGUGUUGAUGAAUCUUUAAGAUAUGUCAAUGAAACAGAUAUUGGAAAGUAUCUUGGAAAUCCUGUUAACUCUUAUCUUCUGCUGAAAAGAUUUAAUGUUGACUGGAGAAACUUAGAAAAUCUGUUAACCCUCGAUCAUGCUGAAGAUUUUACCGCAGCUUAUGAUGAGAUGCGACCAUACUUUCCAUCUGAUGAAGAUUAUGAAGGAGCCAUGACAGCUUUGUUUCGAUUACAAGACACCUAUAACCUGCCUUCUCAAAAACUUGCGAAAGGUAUUAUUCCUGGUGUUGUACAGUCGUCACCGCAAACACUUGAUCCAAAUGAAAUAUUUGAGCUUGGUCGACAUGCAUAUAACUUAAAUGACUGGACACACUCACGUGAUUGGAUGAGAACUGCGUUGGCAGAAAUAAGAGGUGACUCGUCAGUGUCUGCUGAUCAAACAGCCACAGUUCUUGAUUAUUUAGCUUAUUCCGAAUUUAAGUCGGGAAACGUAAAAGAAGCCUUCCAGUUAACUCAAGAACUUGCAAAGCUUACCCCUGGAGAGAAACGGAUAUUUAAUAACCUUGAAUACUAUCGCCAGGAGCUACGUAAAUCACAGUCAACAGGUAAGCGAGGCGACCUUGGUUUACUUGAUGAUACAGACUUUUAUAAAAAAAACAAGCAUGCUCAAGCCUACACUGAGAGUGAAGCGUCGAGAAAGAAAACUAAUUUGCAAGAUUAUGAAAAGUUGUGCAGAGGUGAAGUGAGACAACAGAGCAAACGAGAACAGAGAAAGAUGAAAUGCUGGUACAAAACGAACAAUCCAUUAUUGAAGUACAAACCUCAAAAAGUUGAACGUGUCUGGUUUACUCCAGAAAUUUUUUUGUUUCAUGACAUUCUGACCGAGAGAGAAAUGGAACUCAUCAAACAAAACGCUUAUCCAAAGCUUAGUCGAGCCACUAUACAAGACCCUGUUACUGGUAAACUUCGCUAUGCUGAUUAUAGAGUCAGUAAGAGUGCAUGGUUGUCGCCUUACGAUUAUGGAUUUGUUAGAAAAAUGGCGAGACGUUCAGAAGCUAUCACUGGACUUGACAUGCGUUCUGCUGAACAAUUACAAAUAGCUAACUAUGGUAUUGGUGGACAUUACGAGCCUCAUUUUGAUCAUGCACGCGAAGACGAGGACAAGUUUACUGAUCUGGGUUUAGGCAAUCGAAUUGCAACAAUGUUGUUUUAUAUUUCUGAUGUUGAAGCUGGUGGUGCAACAGUGUUUACUGUUGGCAAAACUGCAGUCUUUCCAAAGAAGGGUACAGCUGUGUUUUGGUACAACUUAAAACGAAACGGUAUCGGUAAUCCACUCACUCGUCAUGCUGCUUGUCCGGUUCUGGUUGGUCAAAAAUGGGUUUCAAACUGGUGGAUACAUGAAGUAGGACAGGAAUUUCGGCGAAAAUGUGCACUAAAUAAAAAUUUGUAACAGUCGUAAAUCCUGGGUUACAUAUUGCAAAGAUUAAGGAGAAAAUCAUAUGCGGUAGAGGAAGGGAGACGUUCGUGUCACAAUUUCAGACAUCAUUCGUGACGGGUAAAUGUCGAUUUUUUUGUUAAGAUGAAUGGGUAAAGGCUUCUCUGGCUUGAGUUUCUGCGUUAUUUUUUUUUUAAAAAAUCAAUAUAUAUAGUUUAUUUUAUUUAAUAUUAUUUUUAUGUUGCAUAUAGUUUUAUAAAGUUAAUUUUAUAUAAUUUAGAUUAGAAUUUUCUAUUUUCUUUAAAAUAUUUUUAGCAUAAACUUCUGUUUAAUAAGUUGACAUUCGAUGGUUUUUAUGAACGAGUAAGUGAGCUUUGCCAGGUGCUAAACUAAAUGGUAAAAACAGCGAGUGAAAUGUACUGCUUUACAAAAACCUCGUCAGCAAACUGGCGUGAAAUACGCUGAGGGACAGAUACUAAUAUAAAAAAGCGGUUAUAGCCGACACUGACGGAAAAGAGAAAUCGGUUUGUUUUGCGUCAAUAUUAGCAAUCGAUUUUAUGGGUUUAUAUGGCAACAAGUUUAAUCUGGAGUCCGAUUUUUGUACCGUUUCGGGAAGUCUGGGAACGUGCUUCAAUGAAAUUUUAUCUCCCCAUAUCCUUCUGUACAAUUUCCUGUUUUGGCACGCUAUUUUUCAGCUACAGACAGAGAAAGUCAUUCUCGCCCUCCAUCUUUGCUAUUGUUAGAUUUCACCCUUCUCUAAACAGCCUUAUUUAUAUCUACCUUAUUAAUAUACAUUUCGUUGAUUUUUUUUUCAUUUUUAUAUAUAAAAUAUAGAUUUAUUUUUCUAAUAUAUACGAUUCAGUGUGAAAUAUAUAUAAUCUCGAAUGAA